AUGACGGAUCUACAGGAAGGCAGCAUUUAUGCUCGUGUGGCAAUUCUUCAGUGGGCUGCAGACAUUCUCCACGGGGAGUAUGCUUCCUUUGGCAACAUUCCUGCGAAAGAUAUUGCGGUACUUCUUCAUGCGAUCUUUAAUACCCCAUGCGAGGGUGGUUCAAUGGACACAGGGGGAACGGCUUUGGUCUCGCUGCACGACAUUCAGUUUUGCCAGCAUCCAACUCCCACGACACUCUUCCUCAAUGCGAAGCGCGUUCUUUCUCUUGUGCAAACUCUUAGUUCCUCCGUGGUUGAUGGCAAUGGCGACAUGAACGUGGCGGAGGGUUGUGGUGGGUGUAGCCGUCCGCUUUCACUGCCGGCGGUGGGCAACAUGACGGUUUCUGCGUGGAUGGAGGGAAAGGCGUUUGUGGAGGAGUUGAAGAUGUGGCGCUGGAUCCGUGCGGAGGCGUUUCGCCGUGGACUAGAGAAGGAAGAACUGGAGCGUAGGGCACAAAAGUUCCUCCAUGGCGCAGCAGACCCCAGUAAGGUGCCAUCAUCACACGAAGGUACAACAACCGGACGUGCGUUGGAGCUGGAAAGUGGCCCUUCGUCUGGUUCGGUUGGAAAACAUGUGAUCUCUCCACGAAAGCGGUCACGCGAGGAAGAUACGGGAGCGCCCAAUGCGCCCGAAGCUGCUCUGGAUUUGGGGACUGGUGCCAACAACCAAGUAAGAGGUCCGGCUGCGACUGACAUCAAGCCGGAGAGCGGGCGUGAUGGAGGCGUGCGAAAUUGUAUGCGCACUGACAUUGUUGUUCCGCGUGGUAAGAGAGGGGAUGAGUCGACUUAUAUUUCCCCACAGUAUGGUAAGAUGCCGAGCGAAGAUAAAGGUGAGGCAAUGUCACUGCCACAUAUGACGUGUGACGGUGUUGCGGUUGCGCCGAAACUUCUAAAAGUCCUUGAAGAAGUGAAGAAGGAACUAAAGGAGCGUAAGGUGGCCGCAGAAGCUUCGGCUGCCGCUUGUGGCGGCAUCACAGGGUCCAUCACCACCGCAUCGCGUGGAAGUGAGCCUCAUUUGAUAGAGGAGGCAUGUGGCAGUGGGCAUCCUGUCGUGGGGUGUUCAUCGUGCCCUGCUAUCUUCUCGGAGGCGCUGCAGCAGAAUUACAGUGCCAUUGAAAGACUAGAGACAGCACGAAGGCUAGCUGUUGCCGCGUGUCUUAAGAAGGACGCAGCGGGCCUUUUAGAAGCCUUGGCAUUUAUUUGA